UUUCAAUCCCACCUUCCUCCAUACAUCGUUUGCCAGCAUUCGUUCACUUCCAUUAUGAAGAUGCUCAUGAAGACACCAGAUGCUGCAGCAUUCAUAGGCAUUACCACUACGCUCACAGCUGCCUCCCUGGUAGUGGUGGCAUUACGAUUCUACAAUAGGCUCAGAGUGAAGCAGGCCAUAUUCAUCGACGACUGGCUCAUGGUACCAUGCAUUGUCAUGAUCAUUGGGCUGUUGGCGAUUGUUGGACACGGUGUAGCUACUCAAGCGCUUGGAUACCCAUCUCCACUCAUGCAACUCCAAACUCAAGGACUAAAACCCCGUGGUUCCGACCGCUCCGCGAUAGCACAGAUAGUCGAUCUGCUAUCACUGACCGCGAAGCUGGAAUACUCAUUUAUUUGCAUAGUAGUGCCAUUACUUGGCCUCAUCAAGAUCAGCGUCCUAGCUUUUUACAGAAGGCUAUUCGUGAUCGAGAAAAGCAACGCGAGAGAUGCGAGGAACCUGAUCGUAACAAUAUCCAUGGUAUUCGUCGCUCUCUGGGCUAUAACUUUCGAUCUUGCUUUUAUAUGGAUGUGUAAAGGCGACUUCAAUGCAGCAUUUGGCCCUCCAGCAGAGGUGGCGGAGAAAUGCAUCGAUGCACCUCUUCUGGCAUAUAUUUUCUCGAUAUCGGAUUUCAUUACCGAUGCGCUCAUUAUUCUUAUCCCCAUCCCUUUCGUUUGGAAGUUGCAACUCUCGGUUCAGAAGAAGCUUGCUGUCACUUCCAUAUUCCUGCUCGGAAUCUUUGCCUCCAUCGCAUCUCUGAUUCGUCUGAUAUGGUCAGUCUGGUCAAGAGAAGUGGGAUUCGACCCAAGUCUUGAUGGCGAACUAAUCACAACAUCGCUGCUCUUCUGGUUCGUGGUUGAAGCCAACGUAGGAAUCAUUGCUGCGUGCCUACCAGCCGUCCGCGGGCUUUUCACGAACGAGAGGUUUGGGAUUUUCUUCAGCGGCAUCCGAUCGAAAUGGUCAUCCUACACUGAUUCGAAGUCACCGAACAGCAAAGAGUAUGAGCAGUUUGACAGCGAGACGGAUUCUCACUCCUAUGCCCUGAAAGAGAUUUGGAUAAGAGAUUCUGCUGUUUGA